UUCUAUAUUAAAUACGGAAUAUUUGUUUUUUACUUUUUAAUUUUUUUUCAGACCAAGAAAAGAAAUUCAGGCCGCGGUCUAAAAUGUCAUAAUCCGAGCCCCACUCGGACCGGUCAUACCCUUAGCCAGCCUCGCACAGAAGCAAGGCUGCUCCUUCUGGGCCCCGCCAAACCACGCGCCACCAUCCCGCUGCCCCCCUUGCCCCCUCCAGCCACCGGAUCCACUCCCUACGCCUCCAUUCGUCAGAGUUUUGUCUCAAAUACCUAGGGUUUUCUGAAGAUCGAGUCACCGAGCCUUCUCAAUUUGCCAGCCAUGGUUUGUUCCUUAGUCUAGUGACUGCUGAUUGACGAUAGUUGAAUCAAUUAUCUGCGUUCAUCUUCAGUGUGAGAGCUGCCGUGGAUGCUGUACUCCAACCAUUGGCGGUUUUGCCACGGGGUCUUCUUCUUAAGAUAGUACAAUAGCUGUGAUCCGUGUAAUUAAUCUGUGACAAGGGUUAGUGAUAAGUUACAAGGUUGUAUGCAAACCAUGGAGCUUGGGAAACAUACAAGUUUUAGCAACGCACCUUCUUUGAAAGUGGGUAAAGUGACUUUUCCAUGUAAGUUAAGUGCAGAAGCCCAGAUGGAACCUGGAGAUGUUGCUGCUUCCAUGGAUGUAGAUGUUGAUCACCGAGAAAUUUAUUUUUUGAUCAUGCAUUUUCUAUCUGCUGGGCCAUGCCAAAAAACGCUUGGUAAACUCUGGGAGGAACUUUUAGAACAUAAGCUCUUUCCUAGAAGAUAUCAUGCCUGGUAUUCAAGGAGCGGUGCAGUCUGUGGGGACGAAAAUUGCGACGGAAACUCAUUUCCUCUAAAUUAUAACAAUUUGGCUGGAAGGUACUCUCACAUUGGAAAGGAUCACUUGGUCAGGUUGCUCAAACAGCUGAUGCUGAUGACACAUCCUCCAUUACAGUGUCCACCUGGAAGAUUUUCCCCAAGUCCCGCUGAUGUUCCUACAUUACUUGGAACUGGGUCCAUUUCUUUGUUGCCAUGUGAGAGAAAUAAAAUAAAUAAGAAGAUAAAAGAUUUACCAUCUUACCUUCGCUGGCCUCAUAUGCAAGCUGAUCAGGUUCGAGGCCUUAGAUUGAGAGAAAUAGGAGGUGGAUUUACAAAACACCAUCGCGCUCCAUCUAUACGUGUCGCAUGUUAUGCCAUUGCUAAACCAUCAACUAUGGUGCCAAAGAUGCUAAAUGUGAUAAAGUUGAGAGGACAUAGGAAUGCUGUAUACUGCGCAAUAUUUGAUCGCUCUGGUCGCUAUGUGAUUACUGGAUCGGAUGAUCGAUUGGUAAAGAUUUGGUCUAUGGAAACUGCAUUAUGCCUAGCUAGCUGUCGUGGACAUGAAGGUGACAUUACAGAUUUGUCCGUCAGUUCAAAUAAUGCUUUAGUGGCAUCAGCGUCAAAUGACUUUACCAUUCGUGUUUGGCGACUGCCGGACGGGUACCCCAUUUCAGUUCUUCGUGGACAUACUGGAGCUGUUACUGCCAUUGCCUUUACUCCCAGGCCAAACACUCUCUACCACCUCUUAUCAUCAUCUGAUGAUGGAACAUGCCGGGUAUGGGAUGCUAGAUCCUCCCAGUGUCGUCCUCGUGUUUAUUGCCCAAAGCCAAAAGAUGCUACCACUGGAACAAUCAGUGGAUUGCCUUCAGCUAGUGCAUCAUUGGGCGCUGCUUUACAGUGCCCUCAAAUAUUGUGUUGUGCAUACAAUGCUAAUGGGACUAUCUUUGUUACUGGGAGUUCUGAUAGUUAUGCAAGGGUUUGGAGAGCUUUUAAACCCAGUACAGAUGAUCACGACAAAGUAAGUCAUGAAAUUGACAAACUAGCUGGCCAUGAGGAUGAUGUCAACUAUGUGCAGUUCAGUGGCUGUGCUGUGGCUUCACGAUCUUCUUCAUCUGAUUCAGUUAUGGAGGAUAAUAUCGUGAAGUUUAAAAAUUCCUGGUUUAAUCAUGAUAACAUCGUUACCUGCUCACGUGAUGGCAGUGCAAUUAUUUGGGUGCCUAGAUCUCGGAGAUCUCAUGGAAAAGUUGGACGUUGGGUUCAGGCAUAUCAUCUUAAAGUUCCUCCUCCACCUCUACCACCCCAACCUCCCCGAGGUGGUCCCCGCCAGAGAUUUCUUCCAACUCCUCGUGGUGUUAAUAUGAUAGUAUGGAGCCUGGAUAAUCGUUUUGUGCUUGCUGCUAUUAUGGACAACAGAAUAUGUGUUUGGAAUGCUAAUGAUGGUAGCUUGGUGCACUCGUUGGAGGGUCAUACAGCUUCUACUUACGUUCUGGACGUGCAUCCAUUCAACCCAAGAAUUGCUAUGAGUGCUGGGUAUGAUGGGAAAACAAUAUUGUGGGAUAUAUGGGAGGGUACUGCAAUAAAAACGCAUCACAUAGAUGAGCGCUUUAAGUUGGUUGAUGGGAAGUUUUCACAGGAUGGCACGUCAAUCGUGCUUUCAGAUGAUGUAGGACAAAUAUAUUUGCUAAUCACUGGAGAAGGAGAGUCCCAGAAAGAUGCUAAAUAUGAUCAGUUUUUCCUUGGGGAUUACCGCCCCCUUACCCAGGACACUCAUGGCAAUGUUGUUGAUCAGGAAACACAGCUUGCGCCAUACGUGAGGAAUAUUCAAGAUCCAUUAUGUGAUUCGAACUUGCUUCCAUACCCAGAACCCUACCAGAGUAUGUAUCAGCAGCGUCGGCUUGGUGCUCUGGGAAUUGAGUGGCGUCCUUCUUCCAUAAAGUUCGCUAUUGGCACAGAUAUUGGGAUGGGCCAAGAGUUCCAGAUAUUACCUUUGCCAGACUUGGAUGUAGUACUCGAGCCACUGCCGGAUUAUGUAGAUGCUAUGUACUGGGAACCUGAAAAUGAUGUCAUCAAUGAUGACAAUGAUUCAGAGUACAAUGUCACAGAAGAAAAUUUUAGUGAUGAUCAAACUUGCCUUAGUGCCAACAUAUCCAGUGACUCAGAAUGUAGUGAAGAAGAGAAGGGGAGACGAAUAAUAAAAGAUAGUAUGCGCCGGUCAAAUGGAAAAAAAUCUAUGAUAGAGGCUGAAUUGAUGACUUCUUCUGGUAGACGAAUCAAAAAGAGGACAUGGGAUGCUCGAGAGGGAGCUUCGUCCAGGAGCAAAAGAUAUAAAAAAUCGAAGAUUGGUCUGAGGACCUCUAGAAAGAAGUCUAUUGAGUCAAAGUCAUCGAGACCUCAAAGAGUUGCCGCACACAGUGCAAACCAUAAUUUCUCCCAGAUAACCGAAAUUUCUUCAGAUGAAGAGGAAGAGGACUCAGCGGGUGACACCUCAGAUAGUGAAUCAUCCUUGGAAGGCUCAUUCAUUGAGAAAAAGGAACACGAUGAUAACGUGCUUAAUGAGGAACCGAAAUAUUCAGCUGUUGCAGUGGUAUCUUCAAAUUUGUCUGAAAGCAAACCUCUCAACCACCCUGAUUCCCAGAGCAAUAUUGGAAACAAGAAGAAAUUGGUGCUGAGAUUUUCUCUUCACAAACAUAAGACACCUACAUUUUCCGAGAACCAUGUGGACCAAUCGAAGAGCCACGCUAGUAUUGAAUCAUCUACUUUCAGAGCUAAUGAAAUAAACCAUGAAGAAGACAAAGCCAAUUCCAGAUCAGGUGAUCUAGGUUCAGCUUCUGCGACUAUAGUUGAUAAGGAACUAUCUGAAAAUUAUGGAAAGCAGCUUGCAGAUGUUGAAAAACCAACAGAUGCUGGCAAUGAGUUGAGGACAUCGACAAUUUGCAGUCAAAGCAAUGUGAGUUGGGGAAAGUUCAAAAUACGCACAUCCAAUGGUAAGCCGAUAGGAAAUCUCAUGCCAUUGAAUGUGAAUCCCGAAAGAUCCUCUAAGUCUUCGUUAUCUAUUAUAUCGCCUCUUCAUGGUCAGCAGCAUUUGGAAAGUAAUUCUGAAGUGUUUGACAAACAAAAAAUUGUGGGUGGAGAAAAAGACGUGGAUACUUCCGAUUUUCAUGGAUCUAGUAGUAGCCUCAUGGUUGAUGCAAAUAGAAAGAAACUACCUAUACUAAAACUAAAAUCAAAGAUUUUUCAGGGCAAGACCAGCUUAGAUGUUCCCUCGGGUGCUGCGGGUGAGUCAACAUCUAAAAUGACUUUUCCUGAUAAACCAAAUGACAUGCCUCAAUUCCACGUAAAUGGUGGUGAAGUUUAUGACAGUGAAUCAAAUGUUAGCCUCCAUAACCAAGAGGCAGAAGCUGACUCACCUGACAUUGCGACUGAUUCAACUCGUAGAGCCAGAUCCUUCAGGUUGAAUGCUACCUCACGGGAGAUGGAAAUGGGUGCUGAUUAUCUACAACCAGGCACAUCAAGAGGGGCAAAAAGGUCCUCCAAGAAAGCUAUACAUUUGCCAUCAGAGGGAUCCAAAGAAGCUGAAACAUCUCGGUCUUCCAGAAACAAGCACCAUACUCCAAAAAAAUCAAAUUGGCUGUUGAUGUUGAAGCAGGAAGAGGGAUAUCGUUACAUCCCUCAGCUAGGAGAUGAAGUUGCGUACAUGCGACAGGGCCAUCAGGAUUACGUAGAGUCGAGUCGGACAUUACAGCCUGGUCCUUGGGUGAGGUAUGGAGAUUCGAUCAGAGCCGUUGAAUUUUGUUUGGUCGAAGACCUCAAGUAUACAACACAUUCUGGUUCUGGAGAGAGCUGUUGUAAUAUCACACUCAAAUUCAUAGAUACGUCAUGUAGUGUAGUUGGCCAAAAAUUUCGACUUGCACUGCCUGAACUGGAUGACUUCCCGGAUUUUGUUAUCGAGAAAUCACGGUAUGACGAAUCCAUGGAGAGAAGCUGGGAGAUUAGGGAUAAAUGCCUUGUGUGGUGGAGAGAUGCAAGUCCACAAGGUGGUACAUGGUGGGUUGGCUGUAUUACUGCUAUCAAAGAUAAAUCUAGUGAUUUCCCUGGAAGCCCAUGGGAUCGAUAUCUUGUUAGGUAUGAGAAUGAGAGCACUGAUUUCACCCACUCCCCUUGGGAACUGCACGACCCAGAUAGGUUAUGGGAGCAAAGAAUCGUAGAUCCUAAAUUCUUCAAAAGCCAAGAGAAGAUCCUAAAUUCCUUUGCUAAAUUAGUCGACACAGCUAGUAAAGAUAAGGAUCGGUACGGUAUCUUGAAAUUAAACGAGGCUGCUCAGAAGUUGGAUUUCAUGAACAGGUUUCCGGUUCCACUAUCUCCGGAAAUAAUCAAGUCAAGGAUGGAAAAGGAGUAUUAUAGGAGCAUGAAGGCAAUAGAGCAUGAUAUUGAGGUAAUGAUAUCAAAUGCUGAAUCUUACUUUCAGAAAAAUACGGAGCUUUUGAGAAAGAUGAAGCGCCUAUCGAGUUGGUUCGGUAGAAUCUUCUUAGACUUUUAGUGAUCCAAUUUUAUUUUAUCAUGAUCACCUCAUAGAAUUACUUCCUCUUUCUUAACUCUUUGUUUUAUGGCCGCUAAUUUGCUGAUGUUACAUUUUCGUAAUCUAUUGUAAGUUCCUUGUUUUUUUGACUUAGAUUGCAUCCAAUUUUUUUAAUUUUUUUUUUUGGAAAUUAAUUUUAUAAGAAAAGAAUGAAGAAGUUUCGUAUAAUUGGUCCUGUAUUGUUCAUGUGUUCAUGCAAAUUGUAAUGUAAGGCGCGUUGGGCCCAAUUUGUGCUAGCGGAACAAAGCAUAAACAGCCCAACUCAGAGAAAUUUUCCCGCUCAUUUCAUG